GUAGGGGAAAAAAUAACUCUCAGUCUGACCCAGUUGGAGUUACCUUGUUAUGAGCUGUCAGAGUAUUUACAGCCAAAAGUAGCUGUUGACGGAGCUCGAGAUUUGCUUUGGUGAGAUUUUCGUUAUCAUUUCAGACACUUGUUUGUGUGAGAAUAGAAAACUACACCCUGUAGAACAUUGCAAUGUGACUGAAUUUCCUGUGCAAAUGUUUGUCACCCCCUGAUCUUGCACAUACAGUGAUGGAGGGGCUCCGGGGUGUUCAGGUGUGGCACGAUCUACAAAUGCCAUCUUCUCCGCUAUAACCCACCCGGCACGUCUGUUUUGACCUCCGCGGACCUCAUGGCCUCCAGUUACGCUGCUCAGUUAGACGGCUCAGCCGAAGUGAAGGAGGGCUUCCUUUGCCCUUUGUGUCUGAAAGACCUGCAGUCCUUCUACCAGCUGCAGGAUCACUACGAAGAAGCGCACUCCGGAGACAACCGCCAUGUCAGUGGCCAACUCAAGAGCCUGGUGCAGAAAGCAAAGAAAGCCAAAGACAAACUCCUGAAACGGGAUGGAGAUGAGAGAACUGAGAGCAGCUAUGAGUCCUUUUACUAUGGAGGCGUGGAUCCCUACAUGUGGGAGCCUCAAGAACUGGGAGCCACUCGGAGUCAUCUGGAACUUUUUAAGAAACACAGAGCUGCUAGGAUUGACCAUUACGUCAUUGAGGUCAACAAGCGCAUCAUCAGGUUGGAGAAGCUUAUUUCUUUUGAUAGAACCAAUAUGGAUGGUGGGAAGAUAAGAGCACUAGAGAAGUCAGUUGUGCCAUGGGUGAAUGAUCAGGACGUACCAUUCUGCCCUGAUUGUGGGGACAGGUUUAACAUCAGGAACCGGCGUCAUCACUGCCGUCUCUGUGGUUCCAUCAUGUGCAGAAAGUGCAUGGAAUUUGUGCCUCUCCCUCUGGCAUAUAAGUUAACGAGCGGCACGCGAGAGGCCCUGUGUGUGCCUGGCAGUCCCAGGCAGGGUGCGUCCCCUGGUGGAGGAGGCCCCACGGUGCAGCAGACCUCACGGCGCGGCUCCAUCACCAGCCUCUCCUCAGUGAGCUCCGUGCUGGAGGAGAAAGACGAGGACCGAAUUCGUUGCUGUCGCCACUGCAUGGACGCUCUGCUCCGUUACCAGCACAAACUGGAGGAGAAAGACCACGUGCCAGACAUCGUCAAACUCUACGAGAGGUUGAGGAUGUGCAUGGAGAAAGUGGACGAGAGGGCGCCGGAGUACAUCCGCAUGGCCGAGUCGCUCAAUGCUGGUGAGACCACCUAUAACCUAGAAACUGCAGCUGGCCUCCGGAUGGAGGUGCAGAAAUACUAUGAGCACAUCGAUGCUCUAAGUAAGAAGAUUCUAACACUUGGACUAAAAGAUGAGGUGCCACCCCAUCCAAAAGCUGUCCAGCUGCAGAAGAUGGUGCGCUACUCAGCGACGCUGUUUGUUCAGGAGAAGUUGUUGGGCCUGAUGUCUCUUCCUACAAAAGAGAAAUAUGAGGAGCUGAAAGAGAAAAGAAAAGAAGAACAGGAAAAGAAGCUUCAGCAGGAGAGACAGGCGGCUCUGGAAGCACAAAAGCGUCGACUGGAAAUAGAGAAGAACCGUGCAACCCACAGUGCCAACGGAGACGCCCCUCGGCCCCCACCAGGCCCUCGCAUGAGUAAAGGCGGCGGCUGGUUGCCUUCUUCGACUUCUCGCUCAGCCAAAGAACUGGACGACCCGCUGCUGCAGCAGAUUAACAACAUCGAGUCGUUCCUCCAGCAGGCACGAGCAGCAAAUCGCACCGAUGAGGCAGCCAUGCUGGAGGAGAACCUGCGACAGCUGCAGGAGGAGUUCGACGCUCAGCAGAUGAGCCGAGCAAUUGAGAUCUCACAACGUCAAGCCCAGGAGGAGGACCUACAAAGAAGCCAGAUCCUUCAUCUUCAGCAAAGGGAGCUGGAGAGCAAAAUGACCAGAAUGAACUCCUCAGAUUUGGGGGAUUCAAAGAAUGUCGAAGAACACUGGGAGAAGGAAGGAGAGAGUGGAUGGGAUUUGGAAACAAGUCCACAACUCAAAACUUUGUCAAUAAACUCAUUUCCACGUUUGCCAGGCAAUUCGCCACCUUUACAGCGAGAUGAAUGCACUACAACUCCCCCUGAUGGAGAGGCUUCACUAAAUCCGUUUGAUGAAGAAGACUGCACUCCGGUUGAGGAAGACUCCACAAACCCUUUCAGUGAAGAGAUCCAGAGAGAGCAGCAGCAGAAAGCUGUUGGAAAACCCAAAGAAUACAACCCUUUCGAGGACGGUGAGGAUGAGGAGCAGGAACUAGAUGAUGGGAAGAAAAGUUCUUCCAGAAACCCCUUUGAGGACGAUAUUGAGGAUGAUGACAAAGGUAACCCCUUCAAAGAGACAUCAGACGAGACGCCAUCCGCCUCAACCAAUCCCUUUGAAGAUGAUGAUGACAGUACAGCACUGGACGACAUAAUUGAGGAAGAGCUGUUGCUUCAGCAGAUCGACAACAUCCGCGCGUACAUAUUUGAUGCCAAGCUCAGCGGACGCACAGAUGAAGUGGAGCUACUGUCCCAAAACCUGAGGGAGCUACAGAGCACUUUACAGGAGCAGAAGAAAAAAACGCACUGACCACUGUCCCUUUGUGUCCCUCUUAAAAGUUUUUCUUCUGUUGGGACCAGGACACUGGAAGUAAAGAUACAUUUGAAGUGUUGUAUGUUUUGCCAUUUGUUUCAGUCACUAGUACUGAUUGUUGGAAUGCACCUAUAACUGAGAGAUCUAAAGCUGAAGAAAAUUGGAUAAGACAAAGACUUAGCUGGUAACAUUUAUACAUAGAAUUUCUAAUGUUAGUCAUACAUGAACAAACCAUUUGGUCUUUGUCAUUAUCUUGGUUAUAUUAGGUCAUAAAGAUGUUUAUUUUAGGUGUAAGGUUUAUUGGGCCUCAUUUAUCAAUCUUUAAGUGAAGCGUGUGUAAAAUGCCUGCUAGAUUUAGAACACUUUUGGUAACGCUAAUUUUCUUCAAACUAACGUGUGCAUGUUGGCGAAUGCUAUUCACCUAUAAAUUACCAAAAUGCGUUCACAGCACAGAUGAUUUACGCUUAGUGACACCCCAAAACCAAAGGUAAAGCUCACAGGACGCUGAAAACGACAUAAUGACGACUAAACAGCAAAAGCGCCUUCUAAGAGCAGACUGCGCUAAAUCUCCCAAUAAUGCAGCUCAGCCACUGCAAUGCACACACUAAGGCCUGGUACAUACUCCAUGCAAGCCAGUACAUGCAACAACAAAAGGGGCUCCACAAGGGGUGUCCUUGGACUAUGCAUGUAGAAUUUGUGUAUGUCCAAAAUCUGCACUGCGACGCAUUGUUCCAAGCGUUGGCAAUAGAGCCGCUAUAUACGAACAUUACCCCAGGUACAUCAAAAUCAAAGAAAAAUGCAUUUCCGUAAAUAGUAGCCAUUUCUCUGCCACUUUUACUUUACUACUUUCUCUUGUGGAUCAGCUUACUACGCCGGCAGGGCUCCCGAACGCGCGUAAGAUAUGUCACGCACUUGCAGUCGUGUUUGCAUACACUAGUAGAGUAUGUAACGGGCUUAACUCUUCCUCCUUUUACAAGGCUUUUGUCCUAAUUGAGUAGCUAGUCUUAUUUGUCUUCAUUUAUGGAUUUGUUUUGGAUUGAUGUCUUUCAAGUCAUUCAUGUGAAAUGACUGAGUUUCACAAAAUUGACAUUAAGUUAGUGUGUAAUUGAAAUAAAUAAGCAAUUCAUACCAACGUAAUUCUUAUAUAAAAGAUCGAAUAUCUAAUCGCAAUUAUGUGAUUUAAAGCCUCAUUAAUGAGUCUUCUUAUACUUAAACUUACACAAACUCAGCAGCUCUUGUAGGAUAUAAAACUUUUUCUGAAUUAACUGGAUUGUCAUGAUUUUUUUUCACACAUUUCUUAUGCAAAUGCUCCUGCAAAAGACAUUGUAUGCAGUUUGAUAAAUGAGGCCCAUUGUUUGGUAAUAUGGAGGAAACUGCUUAUAGAUAACACACGUGAGCCAAACCAACAAAUCUGUUUUCUUUUUCUAACAAACGCAUAAAAAAACACACAAAUGUCACCACAAGGAAAGUUAAGGCUGACAUCAGGUUUCCUCAUGAUGUACAUUUUAUAGGUUAUAUAUUUAAAGGAUUCUGAAUGACUUUGCAAUAUUCUCGUCAUAACACUAUUAUCAGCAUGUUGGAAAUGUUGCUUUGUCCAAGGGGUGCACAACAUGGCCAAAAUACUAUCAGGAUUAUAUUUCUCCAUGUAAAUUUGGUGAUUCGUCCGAUCGCUAAAGCGCUACAACUGAUUGGUCAAUUUAUUGAUUGAUUGAGGGCUCAUUUGUUUGGCAGUGCAUUUCUGCUACACAAGAAAAAAAAAUCUCAUCUUGGUAUUAUGAGAAAAAUAUCUCAUAAUUACAGGAAAGCAUCUUAUUAAAAAAAAGAGAUUUCUGUUUUUAUAGAAUAUAUCUCAUAAUAAUGAGAUGUUUUCUUGUAAUAACAACAUAUUUCCUCAUAAUGUUUACUUGUAAAACCAGGAUGUUUUCUCUUAACUAGACUAUUUCCAAUUGUAAAAAGAUGCUUUUUAAGUAAUAAGAUGUUUUUUCAUAGUAAUGAGAUGCCUUUCCCAAGCUAAGAAGAUGCUGAUGGUGAUUUCUUUUCUUGCAUGACAGCAAGACAUCUGUGAUAUCAUUGUUGCAAAAGUGAGCAUGCCAUGAUUACCAAAUGAUAUACUGGGAAUAUAUGAGAUAUAUUUUCCCAAGUACUGACAAGGGAAUCUGUAUUGCUUAAAUGAGAGAUGGGUAAUCAACAGUAGCUGUGUAAGAUUUGUAAUAUGACAAAUUUUAUGAACAUUUUAUUUCGAGAUCUACAGUAUGUGCCUGCUUUUUUCCCAUGAAGAAUGUCACUCUAAUGCAAAGAACCCCUUCAUGUCUGGUGUAACUGCUUUCAGAUGUUGUGUACAACAUUCAUGGGAAUGUGCUCCACUGGUUUACGACUUGUUUGAAUAAUCGCAAGUCGUUUGCUGAAACGAACAAAUUUUAGUUUAAUUUUGAAAAGCCAUUUUCACCUUUAAAUGUUGGAGCUUGUUAGCUGAAGUGGUGACCCUUUCAGGCAUUUCUGAUCAAUUUAUCAACUCCACACUUCGCACAUUAUUGGGUAAUGCAACUAACUUUUGUGGAAACUGUUUUAGCAUUGUAACAGCUUUUUGACUUGGUAUGCUGCACCUUCUCCAGUCU